AUGGUUAGGUUCACUCCCGCUGCCGCCGUUGCGGCUCUUCUGAGCACUACAUCAGCCUCUCUUGUCGCACGGCAGACGGCUGCUAGCACCACCGCCUCUGCUGGGUCUGAUCCCACGGCCAUCUCACAGUGUUCCGUCGCCUCGUCUACUCAAAUCUGCAAAGCUGGAACGACAGAGUUCACAGUCGUAUCUACCCCGACUGGUUCGCUUCCCAGUUCAUACACUGGAUGCCACAAGCAUGCCACUGACCUGUACUGUUUCUAUCCCGAUGGCGAGGUUGAAGUCGUGGCCGCCAAUGCGCCCGCAGCCACCGCUGUUUCGACGACUGCUGCUGCUGCCGUCACGGGCGCACCAACGGCCGUAUCAAACUGCCAUCUGCACGGAGUCACGGUCUUCUGUAUGUGGGGUACUACCGAAUACCAGGUCAUGACGACGCCUACCAACACUGCCGCCGCCGUGAUACCGACAGCCUUCACUGGCUGCCACGCCCACGGCACUGACACUUACUGCCUCGCUCCUAAUGGAGAUGACAUCGAAAUUGUUGCCGAGGGGGCCGAGUCGUCCGACCAUGACGAUACCAGCGGAGAAGAACCCCAGGGAGAGAACUGCCACUUCCACGCCGGUGUCGAGCAUUGCGUUGGCGCAGGUGAGAGCGAGAGUAGCGGCACUAGAAGCUGCGAGAAAGUCAACCGCGACUAUAACAUUCCUCUGCGUGUCGGUCUUCUCUUCGUCAUUCUCGUCACUAGUGCUUUCGGAGUCUACUUCCCCAUCUUCAUGAUCAAUUGGAUGCCCGCCAAGACGCACACAAUCUUCCUCAUCCUCAAACAAUUCGGCACGGGAAUCAUCAUCUCCACCGCCUUCAUCCAUCUGUAUACCCAUGCCCAGCUCAUGUUUGGUAAUGAGUGCCUAGGCAGCCUUGGCUACGAAGGUACCACCUCUGCCAUUGUCAUGGCUGGUAUCUUCCUGUCUUUCUUGGUUGAGUACAUUGGAAAGCGCAUGGUCAUGGCAAAGAUGGCCGCUAAUCCGGGUGCGAUGACCCGUUUCUCUCCAGAGACAGUCACUGUCUUGGUUCUUGAGUGCGGCAUCAUCUUUCACUCUAUCCUCAUUGGUAUCACCCUUGUCGUGGCUGGUGACACCUUCUUCAUCACCCUCUUUGUUGUCAUCCUCUUUCACCAAAUGUUCGAGGGCAUCGCUCUUGGAACUCGCAUCGCCCAGCUUGGCCAGCCUACUCCGGCUGAAAUGGCAGAGCGCCAUACCCCGAGUGCGCCCGCCGAAGUCGAGCAAACCGCCUCCGCUGAGGGUAGCCUGAACUCUCUGAAAACGCCCAGCUUCUCCCUGGUCAAGAAGCUUAUCCUCGCUUCUCCCUUUGCCCUCGUCACGCCCAUCGGAAUGGCAAUUGGAAUUGGUGUUCUCUCGCAGUUCAAUGGAAACGACCGCGACACCAUCAUCGCCAUCGGUACCCUCGACGCGCUUUCCGCUGGUAUUCUCGUCUGGGUUGGUGUUGUGGAGAUGUGGGCCGAGGACUGGAUGCUUCCCGGCGCGGAGCUCCUAACCACUGGCCCAAUCGUCACGGCCCUUGCUUUCUUCGGUCUCAUCGCCGGCAUGAUUAUCAUGAGUGUGCUUGGAAAGUGGGCUUAA